UAAUCAGCCGACAACAAAGGAAAAACAGGUCUCACCUGUAGAAAAGGAGGAAGGCAGCCGGCCAGAACAGUGGACUGACGACGGAGCCUCUCCCCUGGGAUUAGCCUAAAGAGUCCUCACUCUCCAAACUGGUUGAGGCCAGGUCGAUGCAAAAUCCAAACAAAAACUCCUGUUCCUUCUCCUCAAAGCUUCGGUCCUAUAAAUUCCUUCACCUGCCCAUUCCUCUUCAUCACUCUCCCUCCCUCCCUCUCUCUCUCUGGUACAUAUUUGAGAAGAUGGGUGUGGUCACUUUUGCGCAAGAGCUAGAAUCGCCAGUUGCUCCGGACCGACUCUUCAAAGCCUUGAUGCUCGAUUCACACGUGCUAUUCCCUAAGCUCAUGCCUCAGUACAUCAGGAGCAUUGACCUGGUUCAAGGCGAUGGUGGUGUUGGCAGUGUCAGGCAAGCCAACUUCUCCCAAGGAAGCUUGCUUAGAUAUGCGAAGCAUCGGAUCGAUGAGCAGGACGCAGACAACUUCCGCUGCAAGUUUACUUUGAUCGAAGGGGACAUACUCGGCGACGACCUGAAGUCUGUGGUGUCUGAGAUAGAGUUUGUCGAUGAUGGCAAUGGUGGGUCCAUCUGUAGGAUGUCGAGCGACUAUUGUUCAGACCGAGACAUCAAGUUUAGAGACGAGGAUAUAGAGGCCGGCAAGGAUAAAGCAAUGGAGUUGUACCGGGCUGUUGAGGCCUACUUAUUGGCGAAUCCUACUGCUUACACUUAGUUUUGCUCUCACUGAGACCUUCCCAGUCAUUAGCUCUUGAAUGUAAACUUGGCAGAAAGAAAAAGGAGCAGAAAAGCUUUAACAUUGUAAAUUGACCUCGUGCGAGAUUUUAGUGAAUUUUGUUGCUGAA